AUGGCUCUCGACCCGUCAAGCGGCUAUGUAGCCGCUCAGAAUCUGCAGGAUCUUAAUGAGAACUCCUUGCCCAUUUUCAACGUCUCGCCAGUCCAGCUACAGUUCUCAAUAGCGUCCGAUUUCGUGGCCGCCCAGGUCGCAAACAAUGUCCUCGUCCUAGCUCUUGCAAAUGGCAGGAUUCUCCGGAUAGACUUAGAUAAUCCUGCAGAUAUAGAUGAUAUCGACCUACCCAAGAGGGUCUCGGAAGUGGGCGUCAUUCGGCGCAUGUUCCUCGAUCCUACCGCCUCCCAUCUGAUCAUUUGUACCGCUCUUGGAGAAAACUACUAUCUUCAUACACAAUCACGCCAGCCCCGGCCGCUCUCUAGACUACGAGGAGUUUCGAUUGAAUCAAUAGCAUGGAAUCCUUCACUCCCAACGGCUUCCACGAGGGAGAUCCUUAUAGGGGCAUCUGAUGGAAACAUAUAUGAAGGAUACAUUGAGACGUCGACCGAGUUCUAUAGGAAGGAAGAUAAAUAUCUGAAGACUUUGCAAAAGCUUCCUGAUGGGCCGAUCACCGGGUUAUGGAUUGACCUUAUUCCAGGAAAGCCGGAAGUGCGAAGGGUUAUGAUUGCUACGCAAAGCAGGCUUCUUCACCUGGCGGGAAAGAUCGGCAAAGUUUCACAUGAAGGGGGAGCUUCCAUAUUUACGCGGCUGUUCGAAACAGAGCAGCCAACGGUUCAUGAAAUAUCUAGGGUUUCAACGGUGGCAGCAUCAUCCCUGGUGGUAUCUCCUGAUCCUCCUGAUUCCAACAGCUACGAAAGUUUGGACCCAGAUCGGAUCUUUGCCUGGUUAUCAUCUCAGGGGGUCUAUUAUGGCCGUUUGCUUACCUCGCCCGCAUCCCCUGAUCUAGGUAAUAAAUUGUUUGCGGAAGCAAAACUGUUGCCUAUAUCCCAGCUACCGACCUCACAGAACUCCAAUGGCCGGAAGCCGGCCGUGCAAGAUUCUGUCGAUUCAAUUGCACUCACACAAUGGCACAUCCUCCACCUAAUUGGAGGGCGUGUUAUCGCCGUCAACCGGCUGGAUGAUAGAGUUAUAUUUGACCAGGUCGUCCUAGAGCCUGGCCAGAAAGCCCUUGGGUUAUUUGCGGACCAACAGAAGAAUACCUUUUGGUUGUUUACUGCUCAAGAAAUUUAUGAAAUCGAUGUGACAGAUGAAGACCGGGACGUUUGGAAGGUAAUGCUGACUACCGAACACUUUGAUGCAGCCUUGAAGUACGCUCGGGGCCGAGCACAAAAAGAUGCCGUUGCGACCGCAUCCGGUGACUAUCUCGUCAGCAAAGGUUCAUAUCUCGAAGCGGCAGGUGUCUAUGGAAAGAGCAGCAAGCCAUUCGAGCAAGUAGCUUUAAUCUUUGUGGAUAAUGAUCAACAGGAUGCUUUAAGGAAGUACCUCUUGACGAAAAUCACCGCCUACAAGAAGUCCCAAAUUAUGCAACGCAUCAUGAUUGCGAGUUGGCUGGUGGAGAUAUUCAUGUCCAAGCUCAACUCUCUCGAUGAUACGAUUGUCACAAAGGCAGAACUGGCGGAGAACCUCAACCCCGCACAAACUAAAGACCAACUGAAUACCAUCCGCACGGAGUUUCAUGAUUUUGUAAAGAAGCACAGGGCAGAUCUUGAUCAGAAGACGACCUAUGAUAUUAUCAGCAGCCAUGGACGGGAAGAAGAGCUUCUCUUCUUCGCCAGCGCUGUUAAUGACUACAACUACGUCUUGGCUUAUUGGAUGCAAAGGGAGCGGUGGAAGGAGGUAUUGGAUGUCCUCAAGAAGCAGACAGAUCCUGAGAUAUUCUAUCGCUAUAGUAGCGGGCUCAUUACACAUGUUGCAACAGACCUGGUCGAUAUUCUCACUCGUCAUUCAGACCUCAAGCCGCGGAACCUCAUCCCAGCUUUACUCGCCUAUGACCGAAAUUUUCGAGGCCCCCUUUUGCAAAACCAAGCCGUCCGAUAUCUCCUUCAUGUCAUCAACCACCUAGAUUCUACUGACGCUGCUGUCCACAAUACCUUGAUCUCGAUCUACGCAUCCCAUCCUUCCAAAGAUGAAUCGGCUCUCCUUGCUUAUCUUGAAUCUCAAGGCGACGAACCAAGUUUCGACGCCGACUUCGCCCUCCGCCUCUGCAUCCAGCAUUCCCGUGUGCAGUCAUGUGUACAUAUCUACAGUACCAUGGGCCAAUAUCUCCAAGCUGUUGAAUUAGCUCUAGCACAUUCCGAAAUCGACCUCGCAUCCAUCAUCGCCGACCGGCCUGUCGCCAAUCCAACCCUAAGAAAGAAACUCUGGCUAGCUGUUGCCAAAAAGGUAAUAUCCCAAUCCAACGGCAUCAAAACAGCCAUCGAAUUCAUGAAACGCUGCGAUCUCCUCAAGAUCGAAGAUUUAAUCCCCUUCUUCCCCGAUUUCGUCGUCAUCGACGACUUCAAGGAGGAGAUCUGCACAGCACUCGAGGACUACAGCCGCAACAUCGACGGCUUGAAGAAGGAAAUGGACGAAUCGUCACAAACCGCUACCAAUAUCAAAAUCGACAUCGCGGCGCUCGAUCACCGCUAUGCCAUAGUCGAGCCGGGCGAGAAAUGCUAUGUUUGCAGUCUCCCGCUGCUGAGCAGACAGUUCUUUGUGUUCCCCUGCCAGCACGCUUUCCACAGCGACUGUCUAGGACGGAAGGUGUUGGAGCAAGCAGGCGUUGGAAAGGGGAAGAGGAUUAGAGAUGUGCAGAUGCUGGUUACCAAGGGGAUGGUAACGGGUGCAAAGCGGGAUGCGCUUAUUGCCGAGCUAGAUGCUUUGGUUGCUUCUGCAUGUAUUCUGUGCAGCGAUUUCGCCAUUAAACGCAUUGAUGAGCCGUUCGUGCUACCGAGCGAUGAUAGGAAUGAAUGGGCGUUGUGA